GAGGGCAGUGCUCUAAUUUAGGGGGGAUAGGAUUGGGAAUGCCCGUUAGAUGUGGCUUGCCGAUAAUAGCACACAUCAGCCACGGCGCUGCAAAUGAGAGCACAGGCAGAGAGCAGGGGACUGAGUGCAGAAUGAUACCAUAGAGCACAGAGAGAGAGAAGGAGUGGGAGAGAGUGUAUUGUCAGCACGUUGGAGAGCGCAAAGCACAGAGCACGGAGAGAGUGCAGGAAAAGAGGAGGAGAAGCGGAGAGAGGGGAAAAAGAUAGAGGAUUGUGUUUUUGUAGGGGGGUAAAAGUUCCCACCGCUCCAGGCAGAAAGCAGUCCUGAGGUCAGCAGCAGGGAGAAGUGAACCAGGUGGAAGAAGUGGAGCAGCUGACAGCAGGAGAGAAAGAGUCACAGGGGGUCUGCUCUCACGGCAAACAUCACAGCAGUGUGGAGAGCACAGGAGAUCCAGGGGACACUAUUGAAACUUACCGACUCAAGGACGUAGUCUGCUGUCACUUGUCAGGGUAAUAAUGGUUCUCACUGGACUAGGGCUUCUCUGCAUGGCUAACUCAAGAGCAUGAGAGCAGACACUGGGCAUUGGGCAGAAGACACAUAGAGCUGGGAAUAACACCUGUGUCGUUCCUUCCUCUCACUUACCUGUGUUGGGGAGAUAGAACGAUUCUGAUAAAGAAACAUUACGAUUUUCUAGCCUUGAAGAGAAUCAGUACAGAGCAGAGAGGGAGAGAGGAGCCUGUUAGAGGGGGAGAGUUCUGUCCUCUCAUCUCUGAGACAUGGUAGAGUGUGUAACAGUAGCGAGCCCCUCAGCAGCAGCAGCGUCAGCCCCAGAGCAUGGAGAAGUCCAGCAGUGAGGAGUCAGCCAUUCACCGCAGCCCGUCCGUGGAUAGCCGCGACUCCGACUUUGCCCGCGCCUCUACAUCUGGCCGCCCGUUCGGUGGCCGCGGCUUCACCGCCGGCGCGUUCUACGGCUCCACGGGGCCACGUGGCGCCUCCGCCGCACAGGGGCAGGCUGGGACAGCGGCUGAUGCCAGCGUCAACGUCGGAGACAAGAGCAGCAAUAACAAGUACACGGCGCCCAAAGGCAGCAAAUACGUGGUCUUUUACCUGGAUCUAUCCUUUGUGUUCCUUUUAGAAUUCAAGAAGUGCAACAUGGCACGGGGCUGUCUCUGCUGUUUGAAGUACACGAUGUUCCUCUUCAACCUUAUCUUCUGGUUGUGUGGUUGUGGGCUGCUCGGCGUGGGCAUCUGGCUGUCUGUGUCCCAGGGCAGCUUUGCCACCUUCUCGCCCUCCUUCCCGUCGCUCUCCGCUGCCAACUUGGUCAUUGCCAUCGGCGCCAUCGUCAUGGUGACCGGCUUUCUGGGCUGCCUGGGUGCCAUCAAGGAGAACAAGUGCCUGCUUCUGACCUUCUUCAUUGUCUUGCUGAUAAUCCUGCUGGCAGAGCUGAUACUACUCAUCCUGUUCUUUGUGUAUUCAGAUAAGGUCAGCGAGAAUGCCAAGCAGGACCUGAAGGAUGGCUUGUCUCUGUACAACACAGACAACAAUGUGGGCCUCAGGAACGCAUGGAACAUCAUUCAAGCAGAGUGGAAGUGCUGUGGGGUGGUAGGGUACACAGAUUGGCACGAGGCCCUCAAGGAGAAGGUGGUGCCCGACCGCUGCUGCCAGGAGCACUACCAGGAGUGCGGACGCAACUCCACCAACAUGUUCUGGACACGGGGCUGCUAUGAGAAGGUGGAGGAGUGGCUCGAUGACAAUAAGCAUCUCAUGGGAACCAUUGGCAUGUGCAUCUUGGUAGUGCAGCUCCUGGGAAUGGCGUUCUCCAUGACACUGUUCCACCAAAUCCACAGAACAGGGAAGAAGUAUGACGCUUAGCAUGGGACAGACAGCACACAGGGAAAGGAGCCCCAUGUACUGCCUGAUGGGAUAGACUCUGGAUGACCCCCCCCCCCAUACCUCCUGUAUCACAAAGCCUCCCACUCCCCACUCUUCCCAGAAACCCUGUACAGACUGCAGCUGUGUCACCCUUGUCCUCUUCUCUGUCCACUCCACCAUUCAUUUGCCAAAGAUAAAUGGGACUGGAAGAUGUCUUAUGUCGUCUCUCUCCUGUUCAGAAGUAAAUAUAAAUGUUUUGGGCGCUUGGACUAAUAGUUUUGCGGGAAGCUUUACUAAUGCUCACAUCCCCCCUGCAAGGCGAAGACAGCGGUGAAAAGAAAAAUGAGAUUGUAGUCUCCAGGUUUUCAUGGAUUUUGUCGUGUUGAUGGUUCAUGUUAACUUCCUCUUUCCCUUGUAAAUGAUGAAAGGCUCCGACAUGGUAUGCUAGUUUUCUACUCCCCGGAACCCUUUUUUCAUUGAAAAUGUCUUCUUUUUUUUUGUCAUUGAAAAUGUCAUUUUUAUUCCCAAUACAGUAUGAUUUUUUUCUUCUAAAUGUGUCCUUUAUGCUCCUAUGAAAUGGAGUGUUUGAUAUGCUAAGUCAAGACUCUCAAACCCUGUUCCUGGAGAGCUACCAUCCUGUAGGUUGUCACUCCAACCCGGUUCCUGGAGAGCUACCAUCCUGUAGGUUGUCACUCCAACCAUCAUCUAGUGCACCUGAUUCUAAUAAUUAGCUGGUUUAUAAAUUGAAUCAGCUUAGUUACAACUGGGGUUGGAAGAAAAACCUACAGGAGGGUAACUCUCCAGAAACAGGGUUGGACAGCCCUGUGCUAAGUGUUAUCUGUUGUCAGAGGUGUGGAAUGGAUGAGAUGCACAGGAGGCUGCUGAGGGGAGGACGGCUCAUAAUAAUGGAUGGAAUGGCGGGAAUGGUAUCAAACGAAUGGAAACUAUGUGUUUGAUGUUUUCGAUGCCAUGCUAUUUAAUCCGUUACAGACAUUACGGCCACCUGUGAUGAGAUGUGAUGAGUUACUGUGGAUCAGGGAUGGGCAACUCCAGUCCUAGGGGGGCGAACUGGUGUUACACUUUUCUCCUAGCCCUAUAGCUAACACACCUGAUUAGACUAAUUGCAUUCAUCUAAACUGAAGACUAUGGGCGCGUUCCUCUGCCCAGGCGUUGCUGACGCAUGCCAGAUCUUACAAUGCCUGGAUAGAUAUUUUAUGUAUCAGCUAACCACAUUAUAUGGUAAAGCAAUCUAUCAGUCGAUGACACAGUCAAUGACAUGGCACGCAACCAUUGGCACGUAAUGUCUGAGCAGGUAGCACAGGACCCAUGAUCAGUUGAUUUUUGGAGUCUGGUGUUAGCAGUGGCUGGGGAAAACGUGUGUCACCAACUAGGCCCCCGAGGACUGGAGUUGCCCAUCCUUGCUGUGGAUGGUCAGGGGUUGGGAUGGGUCGUAGGUCAAGGUUAUAAUGCCAUGAGCCCUAAGUGGUUGGUGCCCUGGAUUCGGAGAGGUUUUUCCUGUGAUGGAAAAAAUUACACUUCAGAGGAAUCAAGUUAAGAGUGCAGGGCUAUCCAACCCUGUUCCUGGAGAGCUACCAUCCAGUAGGUUUUCGCUCCAACCCCAGUUGUAACUGACCUGAUUCAGUUUAUCAACCAGCUAAUUGUUAGAAUCAUCUGCACUAGAUUAAGGUUGGAGCGAAAAUCUACAGGACUGUAGCUCUCCAGGAAUGCCUGAACUGUUUAGUUUUUAUUCCCUCUCUUUCUCCAUCUCAUCCUUUCGCUCUCUCUCUUACUUUUUACAUGUCAGAACGGCAGGGGGGCGAGACAAGCUCUUCACAGUACACAUUUUCACUGACAUUCCUGCUAGACUAAGUGAUGAUGUGUCUACACCUGUAGUCUGGAUGCUGCUGCUGUAGUUUUCAAAGCGCCUCCCUUGCGUCAGUCAGUCACAGAGUGGGUGGAAGGGAGGGAGUCUGAUCAAAAGGCGAGGCUGUGGUUCGGGUAAGGCAACGUGCCCUGUAGGACAAGUCGUUUUACUAGCGCUACAACGGUGGCCUAUGUGCGGUUCAACAGCAGGAGUCCUGUUUAGUACAAGAACAAGGGUAGGUUUCAGGGUACGUAGAUAACUACACUCUAAACUGCUUUGGAGGGCUUUACCAACAGGGUCAUGUUCAUUAGGCACUAAAUGGAACAAAAUGGACUGAAACAGUUUAGGACUACCUUUACUUACAAUAAGAAACGGUCAUUUUUGUAGCAUAAACAUUUUCCUUUGCAUGCCCUAAUGAACAUGGCCCCGUUUUCCUUUAACAUGUCAACAUGCAGAAGUAGAGGGAACUUAAAGAAGCAUUCACUUGCAACCUUCUGCUUGUAGUAAUCAAUUCAUUGACUUAUCGUUAACAUGAAGGAGGGGAGUUUGGCUGAACUGACUGGAUGUUUACUGUACUUUGGGGAAUUUGGUUAGAAGUUAGAUAAUCGGGACCAGAAGUGUCUCAGUUCUAAAAUCUCAUCCUACAAUUGCAGGAGGGUUAGAAGCUAGGAUGCUGCUUGGGAUAAGAGGUGUAAGAACUCUGACAUUGCUGCUACAUGCGGAUGUCGUGUGAAGGAUAGAGGAGGCGGUAGGCGGUAAAGGACAUUUUGCCAAACGCAGCUAACUCAGAGACACUGCGGCCUAGCCUUCACACUCUGUCUGCAUUAAGGAUCAUCUUCAGGACCAUCUAAGGUCAUUCAUUAAAUCUUAAUUUGAACAUAUUGGGAUGUACAAUACUCUACAUAGUGGUAGAUUGCAGCAGAUGUGGGUUUUGUGCAUGGCUGUGUCACAGGCUCAGAUAGUUGUUGUUGAACUUUCUGUCUCUGAUUCACUGGAUGCCCCAUCAUAAUCCAUGUUUUACAACCACAGGAAAAACAUGACAGCUGCUGAUGUAAAGCACUGGCACGAGCGCUUCACAUCCUCUGCCUGGAUGCACCCACAAACAUUCGGCACAAUUUAUCGCUCCAGCAAAUGCUGCGAGGUACAUGCCAGGGUUGACAUUUGUAGAGAUGUGACAGUUGUCGUCGGUCACGUAAGAACAGGUUUGUAGCCUGUGUACCGACAUCCUUGUACCCUCUGCCACUUUGCUUGCUCCCAGAAGUAAUACUGCAUCUGAUAAUCAUAGAAUUAUAGACUAAAGAGCCCAUUCAUCUCAACUGAUAAGAUCUGUGAUCAUUAUUGUAUUGUGAAAGUCUGACAUUGUGUGAAGUGAUUUGGGGUGGAAGGGUUACACGUUGAAUGAAAUGCAGAAUAGCCACUUCAGCAUGAAGAGAGAUAUACAUGAUCAAAUCCCGACGACAAAACCGGCUUCACAACAGUCCAUAUGGCAGACUUCGUUCAAGAAUCAUUUCAAAAUCCCAAACAGAUUUUCCCGUUGUCAUUCACGUAACGUGUAACUGUCACUGCCAUCUCUGAAAUGUCGGUUUUCUACCAUUGACAUUUUUCUGUUCUUCGGAAAGGAAUUCAUUCAAGUCUCUGCUUCCCGCAUUCUCCCACCGUCAAGUGGUUUUUCAGUGUUUUAUCAAACAAAUGUUGUUUGUUCAUGUUCAUAGAGGAGAAGAAGUCUAUCACUUUAACACAAGUGUUUUAAUAUGUUUUCUUGUUGUACAUUAGCUGUUUUUGUCUCUUGUUUUUAUACGAUCUGCUCUUUUACUGUGUUCUACUUGGCUUUGUUGUGUCUGAAGCUCACUGUCAGUCAUCCGGAGAGCAUUCGUAGUAUAUCCUUGGGAUUAUAGACAGAUAGUUAGACGGGGGAAUUGAAGACAAACAGGAACGUAACGUUAUUCCUUUUUAAGGUGCAACUAAACCACCUUCCUGUCUUAACUUCGCCGCAGGCAUUUAUUCCAGUCCUGUUUUGAGGGAGGAACAUGCCGUCUGAGUAGGAGGAUCAAUACAUACUGCAUGUUUGCUGUUUUGUUUUCUCUAUAUGCGAAGAGCUGGAUCCAAUCUGCAUCGUAAAAGUACUGCAGAAAAUCCGAGUUAUAGGUCGAUUUGAAUUUAAAGUCAAUAUUCCCGUAUUCACAUAUGUCGGCUCAAUCUGAAAUGACCUUAAAAAUGUCAUUCAUUUUGUGUACAUUAGGAUGUGCUAUUCUAUUAUCUGCGGUAUGUCUUUAACCAUGCCUGUACCGUUCUUGUAAAUGCCUGCCCAACUCUGCCCUAUGGAGUGUGUUAAAUCUCAGAUGACACUGACUGAGCAACAUAAUUCCUCUUACUGCAUUACUCUUAUUCUAGUCCUGGGAGUAAAUAUUCUAAUUUCACAACUGAUCAACUGUUCUUGUUGCACCUCUGCAAUAGGAAGGACCCCAUUAAGCUAAUGCCCAUUGGCAUCUUCUGAUAUUGACAGAAGAUGAUAUUAACACACACACUCUCUCUGACUGUUUCUUUUUGGAAGUCAUUUUCUUAGCUGUACGGGCGUUAACUAAUUUCCUACCCAUUAAUUCAUGUUGUUCAUCUUUUAUUUGUUUGAUAGAUUGUUUGCAUUUGUACUUUUUCAUUCAGGAGCAUUGUAAACGAAAUGUAAAUGUGUUUUUUGGGGGUUAGUACUGUAUUGUUAGUUUAAUUUACAGUAUUGCAGCUUGUAGUGGGAAAUAGGAUACAUUUCAUUGGUGGAUUUGGAAUGAGCAUUAAGUAUUUUUGUCCCUCUCUUCACAUGGAAACACUGCCACAGACUGGAGAUGGAAAGGGAAGAAUGGUUAUUGGGGGUUUUGUCUGCUAUGGAAGCAGCUCAUUUCUACCACCUUUGACAUAUUUUUAUAAUCUCAUCACUAAUCCCUCACAACUAAAGCUGACUAUCUGAGCUGUUCUGAAAUGUAAGCUCUUGAAUGGUGUGUUUGAUGUAGUGUCAUGGCAAACCGCAGUAUUAUCUGCUAUCUGUCAGCCUUGUCCUGUGGAUUUUUUUUUUGCUACAUGUAAAAGAACUCUGAAUAUCUAUAUUAGGUGGUGCACUACAUUUCAUUCUUUAAAUCCUAAUAUUUUUUAAAUAAAGGAAAGUGUGUCGCAAAAUCCCACUAUACCCUGUACGCUCAUUUGCCUUUCAUGUUUGAAGACUGACGUUAUUGUGUUCCUUUUUUCUUGCCACCGUUAAGUAUAGUUUUUAAAGUAGGGUUAGAUUCGGAAUAAUUGAUACUAUUUUGGUAUAUUGAACGGAGUGAAUCAGUGAGCUGUCAGAAGUUAGGCUACAUCAAGGGAAACCGUGAACAGCGUCUCCCCUUAAAAUGUGUUCUCAUUUAAAGAUAAUGAAACCUAAGGGGCAGCUACUGCAGACAGUGUGAUGAACUAAUCCCAAUAGAAACUCAAAUGACAGUUGUCAGGUUUUAAGUUUUAUUAGUGGUAUGUACAGGAUGCGCAUGGUAUACAUUGUCCAGUGAAAUGCUUACUUGCAGGUUCCUUCUCAACAAUGCAACAAUAAUAAAGAAUAAAAGAUAAGAAUAUGAACAUAAAAUAAAUUACAGUAGAAUAGAAUAAACAUUUUAGCAUAAGUAUAAUACAGGAAGGCACAAUUUAUAGUCCAAUAUUUACACGUGUAUAGGUGAAGGGGGAAUUGGGGGGGAAGUGUAUAAAUUGAGCAGUAUAAUAAGAGUUUGAGCCAUAUAUAGAUAUAUCUCUAUAUACUGUAUCUCAAUAUAUCUAUGGCUCUGAUUUUCUUCGAGUUGGUUUCUACAGAUGUGUCCUAUAAAAUUGGCAAUAUUUUUACUGUUUGAUGUGAGCACAAGAGUAUUUUUCUACUGAGCUUUACCCCCUGAGUUAGGCGUAGAUUCAAUCCAGAGCAUUGAAGAUCCACACUACAGCGCGGUUCAAAUUUAAAGGCAAUGCUCCCACGUCACAGUAAACGCAGUAUGUCGGCUCAAUAGGAAAUAACCUUAAAAUGUAAAUCUCGGAAGUGCACGGAUCAUUAGCGCUACAGAUUGAAUCUAGGCCUUAGCCUAUCUGUUCUCUUUCUCUCCUUCCUGUUUGGUAGUGAGUAGUUUACUGUGCCAUUCCAUUCUGGCUUUCUUUAAUUUCACUAAUCCUUCUAUGCAAAAAAAUAACUAUUUUAGCCUUUGUACAGACCAUUUUGUAUUAGUAAUAUGUACUGAAAUAAAGUGAUUAGCGGUGA